AUGCGCUCACCGAGCCCGGACGAAGAAUGCCACAUGAACACCCUCAUACGGACGCUAUCCGGCGACAGCCUCAAUAAGACCACCACCGACAGGUAUCCCCAAGGCUUCACCAGGGACCAAAUCGUCCUGUCCUUCAGCAGGUUCCUCAGCCCCGUCCUCAACGGCCUGGCCGGGCUCGGCGACUUUGAGAAGGCUGUCGGAGCCGGCGAAGACCCGGAGUCGUUCAGACAGUUCUGGACCCUGGACGACAGGAACCUGCUCACCGACGCCAUGUCGAGCACCGGUCCGCUCGCGCCCACAGCGGACACCGAGGUUCCUUUCCUCGAGACCUUCGUCAAGGACAAGAGCCGCCGGCUGGCUCUGACGCAAGACCACGGCGCUCUGGUGCUGGUGCCCAACCAGACCCGGGCCGGCGACGAGGUAUGGAGGAUGUCGCGUGAGUCCUCUUUGGUCGUCGUCCGCAGAGAUUGCCCGCCCGAGACCCCGACGAUGGACUUGAGCGUCCUGGGCGAAGCUUACAGCCAUGGCUUCGCCAAGGGCAAGCCGCCAAGGGGCUGCAAGCAGACCUACAACGACAUGGAACUCCUGACAUCCUCCGUGGCCGUUGGACUCGCUGGCGGCGUGCCGAGGUAA